AUGCCUCAGCAAGCUGCCUCCGCCGAACACCUCAAGGACCUUUUCAGCCUCAAGGGCAAGGUCGUCGUCGUCACGGGCGCCUCCGGACCCCGUGGCAUGGGCAUUGAGGCCGCCCGCGGCUGCGCCGAGAUGGGCGCCGACGUCGCCAUCACCUACUCCUCGCGCAAGGAGGGUGCCGAGAAGAACGUGGCCGAGCUGACCAGCAGCUACGGCGUCAAGGUCAAGGCCUACAAGUGCAACGUCGGCGACUACGCGGAUGUCGAGAAGCUCGUCUCGGACGUGCUGGCCGAGUUUGGCAAGAUCGACGCCUUCAUCGCCAACGCCGGCGCCACCGCCAACGAGGGCGUGCUGGACGGCUCCGUCGACGACUGGGAGCGCGUCAUCCACACCGACCUGAGCGGCACCGCCUACUGCGCCAAGGCCGUCGGCGCGCACUUCAAGCAGCGCGGCACGGGCUCCUUUGUCAUCACGGCGUCCAUGUCGGGCCACAUUGUCAACUUUCCCCAGGAGCAGACCUCGUACAACGUCGCCAAGGCUGGCUGCAUCCACCUGGCCAAGUCGCUGGCCAACGAGUGGCGCGACUUUGCGCGCGUCAACAGCAUCUCGCCCGGCUACAUCGACACGGGCCUGUCCGACUUUAUCGACCAGAAGACCCAGGACCUGUGGAACAGCAUGAUCCCCAUGGGCCGCCCCGGCCUGGCCAAGGAGCUCAAGGGCGCCUACGUGUACCUGGCGUCGGACGCCAGCACGUACACGACGGGUACGGACAUUAUCAUUGACGGUGGCUACACGGUGCGGUAA